CUCCUCUUCUAUUCCCUCUUUACCACCGUCCGUCACUCCUCAGCGGACUCAUCAUUAAUUAUUUCUUUCUUUUUUUUUCUUUCUUCUCUCUCUUUUCACGCCCGCUACCUCGUUGCGUCGUGCGGUUCCCAUGCGGCCUCACCCACGAGAACCCCAAGGCCCUUCCACCCUAUAAAUACCCUCGCCACCCCCGAUCCCUCGUCACGCCCUCACUGCCGAUGGCUUCGACUCCGAUGAAGCGCUCCUCGAGCCCGUCCCAAACCCUAACCCUUGCCGGCGGCUCCCCGGAGGCCCUCGUCCUGGACGCCAUGCGCUCCGCCGCCGGUGCCGCCGCCCUCGCCUCCGCGCCUCUCCCGCCGGUGCCCUCGCUGCCGGAGCUGAGGUUCGGGCCCGCCGUGGAGGGGCUCGCGCUGGAGGAGAAGGCGCCGUCCAGGGUGCUUUGCUGCGAGGAGAUAAAUGGAAGGCGGUGGAAUUACGUCGUGGAGGAGGAAGGGCCCGGAAGGCUGCGGCGGGGCUCGGCGUUGAAGUCCGUCUCGUUGCAGACCCCGGCGGCUCCAAUGGAUGAGUUGGUCUCAUUUAUAAGAUCCUAUGUUGUACCGGAAGGCUUUCCGGAUAGUGUUACACCUUCUUAUGUGCCAUACAUGACAUGGAGAGCUUUGAAGCAUUUCUUUGGGGGAGCAAUGAGUGUUUUUACAACACGGGCACUUCUAAGUUCGGUUGGAGUAUCCCAAAGUAGAGCCACUUCAGGUGCUGUUGCCAUUAACUGGAUUCUUAAGGAUGGGGCUGGACGUGUUGGGAAAAUGCUUUUUGCACGCCAAGGAAAAAAAUUUGACUAUGAUCUAAAGCAGCUUCGGUUUUCAGGUGAUCUCUUAAUGGAGUUGGGUGCUGGAAUAGAGUUAGCAACAGCUGCUGUGCCACACCUUUUUCUACCAUUGGCUUGUGCAGCCAAUGUGGCAAAGAAUGUUGCUGCUGUGACAUCAACGUCAACACGUGCUCCGAUCUACAAAGCAUACGCAAAAGGUGAAAAUAUUGGGGAUGUCACCGCUAAAGGUGAAUGUGUUGGCAAUAUUGCAGAUCUGUUGGGAACUGGACUCAGUAUCUUAUUUUCAAAGAGAAAUCCGUCACUGGUGGCUUCUUUUGCCUUCCUCUCUUGUGGAUAUGUUCUCAGCUCUUAUCAAGAGGUGAAAUCUAUUGUACUGAACACUUUAAACAGAGCGAGAUUUACUGUGGCAGUGGAGUCUUUCCUGAAGAGUGGGCAUGUCCCUUCCUUGAAGGAAGGAAAUUCCAAGGAGAAUAUAUUCAAUCCUCCAUGGGCAAAACAUGCACCCAUUUUUCUAGGCCCAAGACUUUGGGAUGCAUUUCAGGAACCUCGUUCAUUUCUUGCCAUAGAAUCCUUGUUCAAGGAAGAAAGAUACAUAGUUACCUACAAUCCUUCAAAGGGUAAUAUUUAUGCAUUACUCAAGGAUGAAGCAAAGUCUGAUGACAUUUUGAAAGCAGCUUUCCAUGCUCAUGUGCUUCUGCAUUUUAUCCGUUCAUCAAAUGUGAACCAGUCUUCAAGAAAACACAUCGGUUUCACAGAAUCCUUACGCAACUGUGCAAUGCCUACAGAUCUAGACUUCGAGACUCAUAUUGCAGAAUCCUGCAAGUUUGUUUCAUUGUUGUAUGGAGACUUCAAGAAGAAAGCAGCAGAACAGGGAUGGAUUAUGUCGGAGUCAUUGCUUAAUCCUGGGAGAGCUCGGCUAUGUGGGCUAAAAGAAGAGUAAUGCUAUGGUUAUCAUGCAUAAAAAUAGCAAUCUGAGACAGCUCAUGCUUUAGAUAUCACAAUCGCAAGUGGAACUGGCAAUCUGCACUUGAAACUGGCACUUCAACUGAGAUGACAGUCACGACUACUCCAGAUAUUGUUCCAUUUCUUCACAUUGUAUCUAGACACCCUAACCUCAAAUUCCGUUCUUAGCUCUAGAUCUUUCUGAACAGCAAGCGGCAAGAAAUUCAUCCGUGUUCGGCUUGGAAACAAACUGCUGUUGGAAGAUGUAAAAUGUCAUUAUGAACUUAUGAGUUGAUACAUUCCUACCUCCACAGCCUCACCUAACACAAUUUUUGUGAGCCCUUCCCUUCCUGACUUUUCAGUUUUUAUCUUUUCUCUUUAGAAGAUUUUGUACUAAUACUAUAUUUAGUACUCAGGAAACUAUGAGUUCAUAAUAGAAGCCUUUUUAGCUGCAAGUUAUUAA